AUGUCAUCCCAGCAGGUUCUCGUCCAAGUUAUCUAUCCCACCUCGGCCGCACCUAAUUUCAAUAUGGAGUAUUACCUCAACAACCAUAUUCCGCUGGUUAAGAAGCGUUGGGGACCACAAGGCCUGCAAAGCUGCACUGUCAUCGCUGGAGCCAAAGAUACAGGGUACCACGUGCAAGCCAUGAUGAUUUGGAAGAACCUGGCAUCAUUUGAAAACGUGAAGGGUGCGGAGGAAGUGAGAGAAGACAUCAAGAACUUCACCGAUGUGGCGCCGUAUCGAUGGGUUGGUUCCGUUGUUUACCAGGAUGUAUUGACGGAGUCAGAAACAAAGGGGCUUUGA